AUGCUGUCUUCACAAGCAUUUACCGCAGCGGCACGUUCAUCUCUCGGUCGUCGUCUUCUAGCCAAGAGACUAUCUUCUUCUUCUUCUGGUCGAACCGCUGAUCCAGAGAUUCAUGCUCGUAACGAUGGAGACGAGCCUAGUCUUUUCCCAACAGACCCCGAAGGUUUGGAUGAUGUAGCGAAUCCUAAGACUCCGGCGGAUGAGAAUGUACCGGAGAUUCGACCACCCGGUUUUGAAAAGGAACCGCUUUCGCCUCCGAAGAAUCCACGAGCUACUUCACACAAGCUCGAGUCUACUCCUGUUGGUCUACCCGCGGAUCCCAAUCUCCAACAGAAACGAAACUAAUUAAAAGCACCAAACGCCUUAGCCGCUGCCUUUAGCCGCUUUCCCCGCUUAGAUAAGACAUUGUAAACUGAAGGCAGAAAUGAUUACUUUUGAUUAACAUUGACAAUAAUAAUGAAUAAAUAGAUCUUUCUGUUUUCUUGGGAUUCAAGAAAC